CUCUAGCGUAAAAACACGCGACAGUCAAGUAGUUCCUGUCGCCUAGGCAAUUGGACGGCCAAAUAAGUCCUUGGGAUUUGUUUUCACCUGUGAAUUUAUUGUUGUGGAGGAGGUGUGAACGUUUUUUUUGAGUUAUCGGGGGGAUAUCUUCGGAUUGUCGGGGGAUUUUUCGGCGGCUCAGACGCCGACGGACCCUGAGGGAGUCUCACGACGCAGGGGAGACGCUAGGAACGUCGAGCCCUGGGUGGAGUUUUCAAAAGUUCCUGUCACCCCAAAAAAAUGUAGAAUUCCCCCCUCAUCAGCACCGCUAGUUACGCCCCUGUCUACCGGCGGCGGAGUGAUAUUGAAUUUGCGUCGGCAUUUCGUGGGGGCCCUCAGCUGUUUCCCGCCAAAGAUCGCCAUUACAAAACGCGUUCGGGCGUUGUGUUGUGCGCCGCCGGAGUGGCUCUCCCCGUGGCUAAAUAAUCUCACUUGCGCCCCGUUAAAUAUCCAACAGUGCUUUUUGUAUAAAAAAACAAAACAACUCGGAAAGAUACUGUUUAUUUUUCCGUUUUAAUUUAUUUCCACCCAUUUUAACAAUUUAUUCAAUCGUGAGGUGGAGUUUAUCAAAGUGAAUAAACGGGUGGUGUUGUGCGGCGCUUCCUGGCGCCCUGAGGGCACGCCAAUACGGAUCAAUUCCCAGUAAUUGACCCCCAACGGAUUAUUGAAAUAAAAAUAUCGCGAGUGAAGACGAAACGUUUAAUGAAUUCAGUAAAAAAUGAUGAAAAUCAACGAGUAAAAUCGAUUUUUAAAAAUAAUGAAAUCAAUUUUUUUUCCAAUCUGUUUUGAAAAAAUUAGUCGUGAGUAAUCAAGUGAUUGAAUUGAAGUGAAUUGACUGAACACGAGUGAGAAAUUGAAAUAAUUUUUGAUAUUUCCUAGGCUGAGGAACAGAACAGAACACUUCAGGAUCGUUUUUUUUACUUAAUCCUGUGUUAAAAAAAAAUAUUGUGAGAGUCAUCCAGUGGUUUAUCAUUAGUCUUAUUAUUAUUGAACUAAACAUUGUUUCGUCAACGACGAAAGGUGAAAUUUAGUGACAAGUGGGUGAGGAACAACGAGAUAUGUCAGUGUUUGGUGGUGACGAACGGAUUGUGAUCGAGGAAAUUGUCGAGACAACCGAAGACCAGGAGACUGAGUUUUUCGGUACUGAGGAGUUGGACGAGAGUGGUCUGGCAGCAGUGACACUGCUGGAGGUUGCUGACAGUCAGGAUCAAGAUCCACUGUCUGAUUUAGAUAUAAAAGAGCCCAACGAAACACAGGAGUGCGAUAGAGUGACACUUAGAUCCGGUAAAAACGGAGGUGGUAGCCGUGGAGCUGGCCAGAAUAAUUCAUUUGGCAGUGGCGCCAGUUGUGAUACGAGUAACGUUGGUAGAGUAACACAGCGUACACAUAUGGAGCAGGAGAAACGAAUGAGGCGAGAAAUCGCCAAUAGCAACGAGAGACGACGCAUGCAGAGUAUCAACGCGGGAUUUCAAUCAUUGAGGACACUACUGCCACACCAUGAGGGGGAGAAAUUGUCCAAGGCGGCAAUUCUCCAACAAACGGCUGAAUACAUCUACCAACUGGAGCAGGAAAAAACCCAGCUCCUUUCCCAAAACUGUCAGCUAAAAAGACUGGUGAAUCAGCACGAGGGAGGCGACGUGCCGAUUAAAAAACGCAAAGCCGAGAGUCAAGGAGUUGUCGUGAGUCUCCCAAUGCACGUAAGCGAGAGUGGAGACGAAGGACUAGGUAGCAUGUCGCCCGAGCCCCUCUCUGUAAUCACAGUAUCAUCCGAUAAUCACUCAGUAGUUAACAAUAACAACAGUGAGGUUGUCGAGUUGAGACGACAGUUGGAGAGAGAACGCCAUCAAAGGCUACACCUGGAGAAGCAGAUGCGGGCUAUCCAGGCACAAGUUUAUCCAGACAGAUUCUGUGACAAUCAAGUCAUGACUUAUCAGCCACACGAGGUCAUUGAACACACUGACAACGUGCUUGCCCAAGAAACGGAAGAGGCAGUGACCGCCCUCCAGGUGGUCUCAGUGAUGUCAAUACCAGCGGUGGGUUCGACACAAACCGUUGAAACAACGAAUGAAGAUCCAACAUCACCGCCCCUGUCGCCCCAGCCAGUUGAAUUAAUAGCCGAGGAGAUUAAGGAUGAGGAGACACGUCCGGGAAGUCCAAAAAUCGUCACAUUCGCUGCUAACAAUCAGAUAUUCACAGCGACGAUCGAGGAGGGCAGCAACACAGAGGCAUUUUCACCCUCGAGGGUGACUUAUGCUAGCGAAUUUAAGAACACGGGGGCACAGUUUAUCGCGGCUAGCCCGACGAGGCCCUUUUCACCAGCUGCUGAACCUAUUUUACCUAGUGUUCUUGAAGCGGCGAUGAAGGCUGAACCUAAAGUUGAGGUUGAAAGACUGCCAUCGCCCUCAAGUUCCUUGGAGGAUGGCACGCCACAGGCGCGUCACUAUCUCGCCAACACCUCUCGCCAGAAUCUUGAGACAAUUGUCGAGGCAAUUCGCCACCUAGAGGGCGAUCAUCUCUUUAGCGAUGAGCCAGCCCAGGAUGCACCCCUAGCCCUCACCAAUAAGCCAACAGGUGCCACCGCCUCCUUCACCAAGCAACGACUUCUCCAAGCAGACGUCAACUUCCUCCACCUCCACACCAAUCAGCCCAAUCAGCAGCGACCUGGUGUCAUCGUCGUCAAGCACUCGUGAUCAGCCACAUUAAAGCCCGCACCAACAACUCCAUAAACACCAAGACAUCGGGAAAAAAACAACAGCAAAAAAAAUGAAACUAAAGCGAGAAAAAAAUCGAGGAAAAACAAAAAUUUUCCGCUUU